UUCAUCUUCUUCUUCUCGGAAUCCUUCCCUUCCGUGCCUUUCCAUCGAGUUACAAAAUCCUCCUCAAGAUUUCUAUUCUCUCUCUCCUCUCUCUCACAGCAUGUGGGUGCAAAUCGUAUGUGGGUUGGUUAUCUACAGGCUGUUUCGCCGCUUCUUCUCCGGCGACGACGACCUCUUGGACUUCGACUCCUCCGCUUCCAAUGCCCUCUUCUCCGUCGCUUCCCGGCUUGAGAAGCUGUAUGGUGGGAAGGCUUACGUCGGUCUCCGAAUUCCCGACCCCGACACCGGUUCCAGGCAGCACAUCGACUUGGUCCUCGUCACUAAAGGGGAAGCUGUGGUGGUUUCUGUUAAGAACUUUGCCGGGGUCAUUUCUGUUCGCCCAGAUGGAAGCUGGGUCUGUUUAGAUGGAUCUCAUUACAAAGAGCAAUCGCAUCCUGACCCUGUUGCAGAGGCUAAAAGGGCAGCUUCGGUUCUUGAAUCAUAUCUUGAACAGAGAGGAGUUGCUUUACCUGAUGGAUACUUUACUUCCAAAGUUGUUCUUCCUAACCCAAAGUUCUGUUCCCAUAAUAUAGUGCCCUCGGACUAUUUUCCACCAGAGGUCAUUACAUAUGAACAAUGGGCACAGUUGAAACCAGAAUCAAAACGUACGCUUUCUGGUUGGAUCAAGGGAGCUUUCCGUGGUGCCAAGAAAGAGAUGCAGGAAACCAUGCAUCAGCAACUUAAUUUUGUUCUCGGCACCGCUCCGAUGUGGGAUAGGUUGGAGCUUAAAGGGAAUAAGUACGUCUUGGGUGAGUUCCUGGAAUUUAAAGGGAAACAAGAAGACACGCAGAUUCUGAGAAAUAUUAGAAGAACAAAAAUUGGUCGUUUGAUCAUCCAACAGACAAGCAUGUUUGGAUUUGCUCCAUCGAGGCUCCAGGUUUUGUACUCUCCUCGUGAUUAUCGAAGUGAAGGAGCCUCAUCUUCAGAGUGGGUGGAAGUGACUGUGAGAUCAAGCACCGAAAUUCUCUUCCAACCUACCAACUCCAGUAAAGUGAGGAAGUUCAAGCUGUCUUCAAUUGUAUCCAUGACACUGAGUGCAUAAGACUUAUAUGACGAACGAAGAUUCAAGUAAUGACAUUUACUAUGUCAUUUUUGAACGAUAUGUCAUGAAACCUUAUCGGCUUGUUUGUGCUGUACAGAUGUUCCUUGUAAAUGAACUCUAAAGAUCCAUUUUUAACUCGGAUAAAAUAUUUGCGAGGAAGAGGGAGUUCCCUGUUAUUGCCUUGAAAGGAAGUGGAAGGUUGCGAUAUUUCAGCUUA